AUGGCUGCGAGCCCGAGUCCGCCAGUGGCGGACUGGAUAAGGACCUUAUGUCCUUGCCCGGCCGAGUCAAGUGACAGUCUCAAGGAGCAUCCGUUUGAAUCGGAUAGUACCCAUUGUCCUUUCUAUACGAGACACGGGCUUCCAGUCUUCGAGUACUACGCCAAGUACCCGGAUAAAGCUGCGCGUUUUGCGAGGGCUAUGGCUGGGGCAACUAGAAUGGGCCUCCAUAUUAAAGAACUACGGGACUGUUUCUCCUGGGGAGAGCUCAAAGGCACUGUUGUCGAUGUUGGCGGUGGGAGCGGCCAUGUGUCGAUAGCUUUGGCUCGAUUGUUCCCACAUCUCAAAUUUGUCGUACAAGAUGGCUCGAACGACAUGCUCGCCGAAGGCCGCCCGCUCCUGACCGACGACCCAGUCCAAAAGGACGAUCCCGCGGCGGCAUACCUAUUCCGCCAGUGUACGCAUAACUGGUGCGAUCGAGAUGUCGUAACCAUGUUCCGGUCCUUCGUUCCCGGGCUGGAGUCUUCCGGGCCGGCGACGCCGCUAUUGGUCAACGAUAUCAUCAUGCCUGAACCCGGCGAAAAAUGGCCACGGCUGUUAGAGCGGGAUAUUCGGCAGAUCGAUAUAUGAUCAUGUUGAUUAGCUAUGGCGGCAAACAGCGCUCUAGAACGGAGUUCGAGGCGUUGCUGAAAGAGGCGGAUGCGCGAUAUGAAGUCCACAAAGUGCACGCAUUUGGACCACUCGGCUUGCUGGAGGUAUAUCUAAGACAGUGAGUUAAGAGUUGAUUGAGAGGGAAGUGGUUAGGAGUCGCGUCAAUCCGAAUGUGAAAGGCUCGGUUAGAGCGAAAAGAACAA